AUGAAUGUUUCUAUUAAUACCACAAUUAUCCCUGAAAUUGAACGUACAUUCGAUAAACUACUAACCAAGUUGGAAGAAAAUGAACCGGAGCUCGCCUCUUCCCAGGAAGACGAGGUGUAUAUAAACCCGGAGUAUUUUGUGAAGAGAUCAGUUAAAUUUGUUGAAAUGAACGGAUUCUUAGUUAUCUGCCUUUUGGGGUGUGCAGUUUUGGCGGCAGCCCAAAAUCCUGAUCAAGGACCACCAAGACCUGGAAUGGCUCCACCACCUCCACCUCCAGGAGGUAUGCCAGGUGGCGCUGGAAGUGGUGGAAUGAGCGGCGGAUUUAGUGCUCAAGCUGGAGGACAAGCCAGUGGACUUGGAGGUUCUGAUUCAAACAAUGAACGUCAAAAGCGAAGUGCUUCUGAUGUUGGGGCUGAAAAUUUUUUUGUUGAGAUUGAUGAGAAACUUUUUCCAAAUGGAGUAUAUAAGACAAGAAAAUUGCCACUGGACGUCAGAAAUAAUUCGAACAUGAACGGAUUAACAAUUGCGCUUGUCGUAAGCUGCGCAGUCCUUGCGACUGCACAAAUGCCAAACAUUCCUGGAAUGCCAGGAGCUGGUGGAGGCGCAGGAAUGGGUGGAGGAUUUAGCAUGGGUGGAGAAAUUGGUGGCGGACUUGGUGGAGGUGGUGGUCCUGGUGGCGCAGCUGGAGCUGGUGCAAAAGCAGGAUUUGGAUUUGGAGCACAAGCUGGAGCAGGUAUGGGAGGAGGCGCUGGAGGAAGAAACAAGAGAAGCCUUGGUGACUUUGAUAUCUUUCCCGAGUCAUUUUAUGGCGCCCAUGACCAAACUCGAGUGUGUCAUCUGCGUGAACGCAAGAGCAACCAUGCAGACAGCGCCAUACGGUGCUUUGUAAAAACAAUACAAAUGGCCGUUUCUCAAAGACUGCUGCCCCUAAGAUGCGUCAUCUGUCGGGCUAAAAUUCUACGAUUGAAACAGACCCUAAUUCCUCGCGACUACUCGAUGUCUGGAAAAUCAUGGGUGCUGCCGCAAAGUGCAUCAGAAUACAAUAUGGGCAGCGGAGUAGGAACAAGCGGAAGCAGUAGAUGGUCCAGCGGAAACGUACCAGCAUCAGCGUCACUCUACUCAAUGGCCAGUGGAUCGUCCUCCAUAUCUGGCGUGUCUUCCGUCUCAUCAGCGACAUCUUCAUCAGCAGGAAGUGCCUCCAGCGCCCUGGUUAAGCCCUCGCGCCAUCUUAGGCAGCCCUCGGGAGCUACCUUCAGGCGGACUCAGACCCAGUCGAUGAAGAUGCGCAUUCACGAGUACCAAGACCCUAAUCCGCAAAUUGUCGAUAACGACGAGAACCGCGAUAACAAGACCGACCGUCGGUUACCGCCGAUAAAAGAGUUUCAGAGGGAUUACCGAGCUGGAAAAGCUUCCACGAGGCUCAGAUGCGCACAGAAGAUUGUGACACAGUUAGAGAUCACACCGAGCUAUAGAAUGUCCCUAUGCAGCCCUACGACGUCAAAACCUUUGGAAGCGUCGACGACUAGAACAAUGACGUCGUCAACCUCAACAUCUUCGGCUUUAUCAUCAUCCUCCCCACUAGCCGGCUCCUCAACGGCUUCAAAAACACCAGCGACAAAAAGACCCAGUAGUGUUUCAAGAAAGCCUUUGACGGUCGUUCAAGAGGUCCAGAAUUCUAAGAAAGAAAAAGAGAAGGAGAAAGAACGCGAAAAAGCGGAAAAAGCGAGGCUCAAAGAGGAGGAAAAGGCGGAAAAAGCCCGGCAAAAAGAGGCCAAGAAACUCGCUAAAGAAGAAAAGAAACGCGCGAAGAAAGAGGCCAAGGCCCGAAGAAAGGAGGCCGAAGAGGCUCUUAUCAGAGAAAGAGACGAUAAGUAA